CUUCUCUUCCGUCGUCUAACAUGCAAUGGGAGUGCAAGGACUAUGGGAUGUCCUCAGCACGGCUGGACAGUCGCGUUCGCUGGCGCACCUCGCAGUCGUAGACGGCUUUGAAACGAACAUUUCCGGACGCAGGGCCUACCGAGUUGGCAUUGAUGCUAGCAUUUGGUACCAACACGCGAUGCAUACUCCCAAGAAGGGUGCAAAUCCCGAGCUCCGGCUGCUGUUCUUUCGACUGCUCAAGCUAUGCCAAGUGCCGUUCAUCCCUCUCUUUGUAUUUGACGGCCGUGAAAGACCGCAGAUCAAACGUGGAAGCAAGAAGGGCAAGAGCGGCUCUCAUGCCCUAACGAAUGGAUUCAAGAAACUUUUGGAGGGGUUCGGAAUGGAGUGGCGAAUGGCAUUAGGAGAGGCGGAGGCGGAGCUCGCUUACCUGAACCGGGUCGGCGUAAUAGAUGCAGUGUUGACAGACGACGCGGAUACCUUCAUAUUCGGUGCUAAGAUCAUUAUUCGCAAUGCGAGCCUCAAUCUUACGGGCAACCGGGCCAAUCCUGCCACUGACCUGAAUGGAAAGACCAGCAAAUACCACGUUAUGACGUUUUCUGCGGAGUCAAUUCGCAUGCACCCGGAGAUACAAAUGACAAGAGGUGGUCUCGUCCUCUUUGCCCUUGUGUCUGGUGGUGACUACGACAACGGACUCAAGAACUUCGGCCCUCAAGUAGCCCACUGUCUAGCAAGGCUGGGCUUCGGUGACCAACUUAUCGCGGAGUACGAGCGGUGUCAAGGUCGCAACAUGGAAGCCUUCCUCUCACGUUGGCGUGCAGACAUGAACACAGAGUUGCACACCAAUGCCCAUAACCUACUACGCCACAAGAUGCCCGCACUCACCAUUCCACCGACGUUCCCGGACAUGGAAGUCCUGCGAUGCUAUGUGAAUCCGGUCUGCAGCGUAAGCGCCGGAAGGCAAGGCGGCGGGAAUUUACGGGACAACGGCGACCUGAGCAUACCAAGGAUCGCUACGUUCUGCGAAGAUCAUUUCGACGAAUGGGGACAUCGCUCGGCCAUUCUCAAACGCUUCCGCGCCAUCUUGUGGGAUGCAGCUGUCAUGCGUGUCCUUCGGCGCGCUGCACUUGAGGCGGACGAGAAGGAGGAAAACAAGCGUAUUGCUGCCGGGCGGAUGGACACGGCCAUACGUGGACCACUAGAGCCUUCAAUUGCAGAAGAAGUGGGAACGACGGCGUACUUGAUCAAGAAAUAUCUGAGCCCGACCGAAAUAGAUAGGCGAGCUGCGGCAUUCGUCAGGCGGGACGAACCAGCACCUGCCGCGCCCGAACCACUGCUAGACGACAAUCCUCUCAUCAAAAAGAUAGUGGGCGCCCGUCGACAUGUCUCUACAGACAAUAUCUUCGAAUACCGCGUCGAAGUCGACCCCACACAACUGGUCAGGCUUGCGCAGUCAGGUAUCAAGGGGAAGCACCGGGAACCACAAGAGGGCAACGACGACGCCGAUGACGAAGACUUCCCAGAUCUUCUAGAAUUCUUCGACAGCUCCCAAGGCGGUUCCCAGUCGAAAAAGUCGGGCCCGAAGAACCCACCGCCAGAGCCAUGUAGCAUCAAACGGAUAUGGGUGCCAGCAUCUAUCAUGCGCCAGGUCCACCCGAGGCUCGUGGAAGAGUUCAAGACCGCCGCGGCGACGAAGCAGACCAAGAAGACAGGUAGCAAGCGCAAGAGACAGGAGGAUAUCGAGCCGGACGAAGGCAGCGAGGCAGAGGAGAUCGCUCCCCCGCAGCUUCGCCCAGCAAACGAGCGAAGGAGACGGCGGUGCCUGCACCCGGUGAUCGUGUCAUCCAGCAAAACAGAGACCUGCCAUCCACCUCGGCUCGAGGGGGACGCUCAGCGGGGAUAG